ACUCCCUGAGUGACUGCAUGUAUGAUGAAUCCGAAAAGUCUGUUGGGAUUUACUGUUCCCAAUUAGAAUUGGGGCGUGCCAAUUAUGCAGGCUUUCGUUCCGAAGAACAGGAGGCCUAGGUUUGAGUUUAUCUUGAGGAUUAUCGAUCUGAAUAAUGUCCCCCUCGUGAGCGGAACGGCGUUUGUGAAAUGGCGUCUACCUUCGUCGAGUGCGACCGAGAACCACGGCCAUACCGAUAAGGCGAUCAUUCUCGACCACCGAGCGAAUUGGAACUACGAGAAGCUGUCGUCGGUCCGGCUCACGAUCGAUAGAAACCAGGCCCUUCAGGAAUGCGAGCUCUACUUGGAAGUUAUACAAGAGUUUGCCUCUGGCGGCAAUGGCGAGAAGAACCUGUUGGGGAGGAUCAGGGUCAACUUGGCGGAAUACGUGGACAAGAGCGAUGACGAGGAGGGCAUCAUAAGAAGGCACUUGAUGCAGGAUAGCAAAAUAAACAGCACGCUCAAGAUUGGGAUCUCCAUGCGCCAAGUAGAGGGGGAUAGGAACUUCAGCACCCCGCCUUUGAAAUCCGCCAUGGUCUUCGGGGGGAUCGCAGGCGUUGUUUCUGCCGAGCAGGGCGACCAUGAUGAUCUUGGUCGGGCCCCGUCGAUAAACACAAAGAGUAGAGAAGUGUCCGACAUGCAAGACAUGUAUCGUCGCACGUUGGCUGCUUCCUGGGUCUCUCGAGCUGGCGACAUGCCAGCUGACAAGCUGAUCGAGGAACUGUUUUCCGGAGGAUCUGGUGGAUUGCCAACUUCAUCACAUGGUACUCGCACUGGGAGACUAGGUGACCCCAUGAGCGAAUCUUCAUUACGUGUUGAGAUGGAACCAAAGCAGACCAGCUCAGGAAACAGAUUAUCACCCAGUUUUGAACGACGGCCAAAAAGCUCGUCAAGCAGCCAUUUCCGCAAUGAAGCUAAAGCACCGGAUUUUCCUUCGACUAUGGGCCAUACGAGGAAGUCUGGAAGUAUCGAGCAGCAACUAUACGACAAUGCCAAAGGAAAGCUUUGGAAAACUCACAGUGCCGAGCAGGAACUGACCGAGUUUGAUGUACGUGAGGAUUUGAGAAGUUGGGAAAUAUCUUCUGCAAAAAAUACCUAGGGCUGUACGAGUCCUAGUCACAUCUGUACUUGAUUUCUAUAUUGAAUACCCAUUUAAAUCUUGUCUUAACUUAUGCUAUUUAAAUUAACUUGACCUGUGUUGAAACAUAAUCCUGUUAGAGGAUUUGGACAGCGUGAUGGCCACGGAGCGAUAGCUCUUAGCUCUCUUCAUCAUGGCAUAGCUUAUCAUUACCCGAGUCAUGUGUUUAUUGUGAAGCUUGUCGCUUAUGAAUAGUCGUACUUUGGCAAUAGGACAAUCAACCUGUAUAUUGUCUUGGUUCAACCAAGUCAUGACAAAAGGACUGGCGAGAAAGAUGCUAACCUGCUGAUACUGUACGUUGUUUGAACUGAGACUAAUUAGA